AUGAGCGCUCAUCGACCAAAGUCGGUGGCCCUCUUGGUCUACUACCUGGACACGGUUAAAGCUCUAGCAGCUUUCAAGUACGCCAACGCCAUUAGCGAAGCGCUCGAACCACUGGAUGAGUACGAAUUCACGCGGGACACAGACGCUGUGCCCCAGACAGCGAACGACCGCCUGGAGUGGAAAGCCGAUUCCGCCUUCGAACUGCUGGCUCAAGAGGAUCUGCCUGCUUUCAUUACCAGUGUAUGGAUGCAGUUCGUUGAGACCUCCAUCCGGAGGCGUAUUGUGGGCUCCAUGCCUGCUCACCUCAGAGAUAUGUCGGAAGGUCUGGCCGAAACCUUCUGCCUCACUGACCCCUCACGCCACGAGAAUCCCAUCAUCUUCGCCUCUGAAGAAUUUCAUAGGACCACACAAUAUGGCACAAAGCACGUUAUUGGCCGGAACUGCCGCUUCCUCCAAGGGCCGAAGACCAACCCCUUCAGUAUCAGGAGAAUCAGAGAAAAGCUCGAUGCGGGCAAGGAACACUAUGAAACGUUCCUGAAUUACCGAAGAGAUGGGUCUCCGUUCAUGAACCUCCUCAUGUGCACCCCUUUGAUGGACUCCAAGGGAACAGUACGAUACUUCCUGGGAGCCCAAAUCGAUGUAUCAGGACUGGCCAAGGAGUGUGCUGGGCUGGAGUAUCUGAAGCGUCAUGUUGACAACCAAUACAGGGAAGGCGAAGACGACGAAGAGACAGAGAAAUUAUCUGCCGAGCCACCAGAAGGAAACGAUGUCGAACAACAGACCAAGGAUGAGUUCCAGGAGCUGAGCGAAAUGUUCAACUUACAGGAACUGGACACUGUCCGCAAGCAUGGCGGAGCGAUGCAUCGGCCCCUCCAGGAUCAAGAGCACACACACGCUUCCAAGUGGCACAAGGAGCGACUAGUGAUCGAGUCUGACUCGGAAGGCUUUCUCAGUGGUGACGGUGACUGCGAUGGUGACGGCGACAGUCGCGACAGGAACAGCACAGAUGCAAUCAAGAACCUCAGUCCUGCUCCAUUCAAGGCCCUCUCAGGACCAGAUGAGCUCUACCCGCCGCUGCGCUCUAGGCCGUCAACCCCAGCGGACCGGAACCCACUCAACAAGGGCGGUCACAUGCCAGGCGUCUACCAGAACUAUGUCCUAGUCCGGCCGUACCCAAGCCUCCGAAUCUUGUUCGCAUCGCCAUGUCUCCGCAUCCCAGGCAUGCUCCAGUCCAGCUUCAUGGACCGGGUCGGGGGUUCCGGCCGCACUCGCGAACAGGUCCAGCAGGCACUGGCCGAAGGGCGCGGCGUCACCGCCAAGAUCCGCUGGAUCUCCAGCCCUCGUCGAAAUGCAGAGCAUAGCCGGCCGAGAUGGAUUCACGCCACCCCGCUGCUCGGGAGGAACGGCUCGGUGGGCGUGUGGAUGAUCGUCAUCGUCGACGAGGAGGAAGAUGAUGCGGUAAAAAAGUCAGCGAGGCAGCAUGCCGGCGUCAAGCAAAGGCGUUUCGGUCUCACGGCGAAUUUGCCAGAUAUUGACACCACUUGA